GGAGAGAGAGAGAGAGAGACACUACCAAACACUACCACAUACAACAAAAAAGAAAAGAAAAGAAAACCAACAACCCAACCAAAGACAUAUUCCCCAACCAUCCCAUUCUUCCUCCCCACUCCCUCUUUGUACAUGUUUUUAUAUAUAAAUUCUCUAUAUAACCAUCAUUAUCAUAUUCUUUGGUGAGAAUUCCCCCAAAAAUGUCUUGAUACACUGAUUUUGCGACAAGAAAACUUGUUUUUUCUUAGUCACAAGGACUCAAACUAUAUGAACAUAUACUCAACUUUGUUCUUUCUCUUCCUACUUAAACUAUCUUCAUCACCUUCUGGCCUUCCUACAAAUAUUCUACAUUAUCCAUUGCCCAUUUGAUCUUCCCUAACUACAAAACAACUCUCUCACAAACUCACCAUCAUGAAUAAAAACGCCAUUUUCAGCAUGAAAACUAAGCUUAGAGGAAUUCCUCCGCCGGUAAAAGCCGCCGGAGGCAGCUGUUCCGAGGCGGCUUCAGGGUUGGAAAUCAGGCCUGGAGGAAUGCUAGUUCAGAAGAGAACAUCAGAUGCCAAUCACAACUCCAAUCCCAAGAUCAAAGUCAGAGUGAAAUACGGCUCAUCUCAUCAUGAAAUCGCCCUUAGUCCUGAAGCAACUUUUGGGGAACUGAAGAAGCUGCUUGCCGGGCCGACGGGCUUGCGGCCGCAGGAUCAGAAGCUGGUGUUCAAGGACAAGGAGAGGGAUUCAAGAGCUUUUCUUGACGUUUGCGGCGUGAAGGAUGGAUCAAAAAUUGUGCUGCUUGAAGAUGAUCUGAGCAUAGAACGACGGUUUCUUGAAUCACGAAGGACUGCGAAAAUGGAGACGGCGUCGAAAGAGAUAGCUGCAGUUAGAUUUGAAGUCGACAGGCUUGCUAAACAGGUGAUGAAUGUUGAGAUGGAAAUCAAUGGAGGCAAGAAAGUUGUGGAGGCAGUUUUGUUGAACUUGAUAGAGCUGUUGAUGAUAGAGCUUAUAAAGCUGGAUGGGGUUGCAGCUGAUGGAGAUGUGAAAUUGGAGAGAAGAAUGCAGGUGAAAAGGGUGCAGAAGUACAUAGAAACUCUUGAUGUGCUGAAGCUGAGAAACUCAGGCCUACGCAAAGCGGCAUUGCAGCACAAGAUUUUCACAGGGCAGAUGCCAACAACACAUGAAAACCAGCAAGAAGUGCAGAGGAAGCAGCUGGGGAAUUUGGGUGGGAGGGCAAAUCCAGGGGCAGUGAUUGUAACAACAAAGUGGCAAACGUUCUAAUUUUUGAUCUGUACAUAGAAAAAUCACAUCCUUGUUUAUAAAUUGCAGUUCAGAUCUUCUAUUACAAU